GACGGCGCCGUCGACGGUGGAAUACGACGGAGGGGAUGCACGUUCCGAAGAAACGACUUCUUCCCGGAGGAGUCGUUUAAGAGUUGGGGAAACUAUGCGAGAGCGUUGAUGGAGACGCCAUUGCGGUUGAAGGAUCGGGUCCUAACCCGAUCGGAGGACCAGACGGAGCUGGUGGAGAUGAAGGCUCGGAGCAGCCACGAAAUGAAGAAGACGCUGAAUUGGUGGGAUCUGAUGUGGUUCGGCAUCGGUGCGGUAAUCGGUUCGGGCAUAUUCGUGCUGACCGGACUGGAGGCCAGAACGGUGGUGGGACCCGCGGUGGUGUUGUCGUACGUCGUUUCGGGCGCUUCCGCUUUGUUCUCAGUCUUUUGCUACACAGAAUUUGCCGUUGAAAUACCCGUUGCAGGUGGUUCAUUUGCAUACUUAAGAGUAGAGUUGGGAGACUUUGUAGCCUUCAUAGCUGCUGGAAACAUCCUCCUUGAAUAUGUAAUAAGUGGCGCUGCCGUAGCUCGGUCAUGGACCUCUUAUUUUGCCACCCUCUGUGGCAAAAGUCCUAAUGACUUUCGAAUAAUAGUCCACAACAUGAACCCUGACUAUGGCCAUCUUGACCCCAUAUCCGUUGGAGUACUAAUAGUCAUCACCGUCCUUGCAGUGUACAGCACCAAAGGCUCCUCCAUCUUCAAUUACAUUGCCUCAAUCUUCCACUUAGUUGUCAUUGUCUUCAUUAUAAUCGCUGGCCUCACCAAGGCCAAUACCGAAAACUACACCCAAUUUGCCCCUUUCGGAAUUCGUGGUGUGUUCAAAGCUUCAGCUGUUCUUUUCUUUGCAUACGUGGGCUUUGAUGCCGUCUCAACUAUGGCUGAAGAAACAAAGAACCCUGCUAAGGACAUUCCCAUUGGUCUUGUGGGUUCAAUGGUGAUUACAACUUUGGCAUACUGUUUGCUAGCGGUAACACUUUGCCUCAUGCAAAACUACAAAAUGAUUGACACAGAUGCUCCAUACUCAGUUGCAUUUAGUGCUGUGGGAAUGGGUUGGGCUCAGUACAUUAUUGCAUUGGGGGCAUUGAAGGGAAUGACCACUGUGUUGUUGGUGAGUGCGGUGGGUCAAGCUCGUUAUCUAACCCACAUUGCACGUACCCACAUGAUGCCUCCCUGGUUUGCUCAUGUUGAUGAGAGGACUGGGACACCCGUGAAUGCCACAAUCUCAAUGCUUGCUGCCACUGCUGUGAUUUCUUUCUUCACUGAUCUUCAAAUUCUCUCCAACCUCUUGUCAAUUUCCACUCUUUUUAUCUUCAUGCUUGUGGCUGUUGGGCUUCUUGUGCGUCGCUACUAUUCAAAUGGGGUAACCACAAAAGGGAACCAAGUGAAGCUCAUUGUCUGCCUUGUGCUAAUUCUUGGUUCUUCAUGUGGCAUUUCUGCUUAUUGGGCAAACAGUGAUGGUUGGGUUGGGUAUACUAUUUUUGUGCCGUUGUGGUUUUUAGGGACUACAGGUCUUUGGCUUUGCGUUCCACAAGCAAAGAAGCCAAAACUUUGGGGGGUGCCUUUGGUUCCUUGGCUUCCUUCUUUGUCUAUUGCCAUUAACAUAUUCCUUCUUGGGUCUAUUGAUAAAGAUUCAUUUAUCAGGUUUGGGGUGUGGACAGGGUUUCUUUUGGUAUACUAUGUGUUCUUGGGGUUACAUGCUUCUUAUGACACGGCAAAAGAGUUUGAGAGCAAAAGUAUUACGUUGGAAGUUGACAAGGAGUGGACCAGGGUAGAAGAUGGAGCAAAAGGGGAAGUACCUCUUACAGAAGUUUUGAAUAAUUAA